AUGGCGGAGCCAACAGAAUCUUUUAAACCCUACAAGCUCAAACACACGCUCAGGGGUCACAAACGUGCCCUUUCCACCGUCAAAUUCUCCGACGACGGCCGCCUCCUCGCGUCCUCCUCCGCUGACAAGACCGCUCGUACGUACUCCGUCGCCUCCCCUACUAUUACUCACCACGAAUUCAAGGGCCACGAUCAAGGCAUCUCGGACGUGGCUUUCUCCUCCGAUUCCCGCUUGCUCACCACCGCCUCCGACGACCGCACCAUCCGCCUCUGGGACGUCGCCACUGGGUCCUCUAUUAAGACUCUCAAUGGACACGCUAAUUACGUGUUCUGCUUGAAUUUUAAUCCUCACUCCAACAUGCUUGCCUCCGGCUCUUUUGAUGAGACUGUACGCAUUUGGGAUGUGAAGUCUGGAAAGUGCAUUAAGGUCCUCCCCGCUCACUCAGACCCUGUGACCGCGGUUAAUUUUAAUCACGAUGGGACAAUGAUUGUUUCGAGUAGCUAUGAUGGAUUGUGUAGGAUUUGGGAUGCUUCUACUGGCCAUUGUAUGAAGACUUUGGUCGAUGAGGAACAUCCUCCUGUUAGUUUCGUCAAGUUUUCGCCCAAUGGGAAAUUCAUUCUUGUGGGGACUCUGGAUAAUACCCUGCGGCUCUGGAAUUUCAAUACAGGAAAAUUUCUGAAAACUUACACGGGCCAUGCUAACUCUAAGUAUUGCAUAGCCUCAACAUUUUCUCUAACAAAUGGUAAGUACAUUGUAAGUGGUUCCGAGGAUAAUUGUCUAUACUUAUGGGAGCUUCAGUCCCGUAAAAUAGUUCAAAAGCUGGAAGGUCACACAGACACAGUUAUAUCAGUAUCAUGUCACCCGACUAAGAAUAUGAUUGCAUCGGGUGGAAAUGACAAGACGGUGAAGAUUUGGACCCAGGAAGAUGACUGA